GUGGACCCGGUGCUCGCGGGCCAGGACAUCCAGAUGGCCGCGGCGACUUUCGGGCAGGAGGUGGAGUUGGCGCCCCAUUGCGGGAAGAAGAACCGCAGCUCGGGCAAGGGCUCGGCGGCGCUGUGGCUCGAGGCCGGCCUCGUCGCGCAGGGGCGCGAGGACGACGGCUCCAGCGCGGGCGAGACCGAGCUCGCCGGGUACAACACGUGGCGCGGCAUCAUGAACGAGCUCGCGGAGAGCCUGUCUCCGACGCUGGACGGAGCAGCCGUCAACCGGUUCCUCCUGUCUCGGAGCAGCCGGUGGCUCACCCACGACCCGAGUGGGAUGUGCGACGUGGCGUGGUUGCGCAAGUUUGCGGGGCAGGCCGGCGCCGACCCAAUGUGGCUCAUCACGAAGACGAAGCUCCCGCACCCGGGUUACCCGAACGAUGCCCCGGCCAUCCUCGCCCCCCUGCGGGAUUUCCACGAGAGCCGCGUGGUGAAGACGAUCAUCGAUGCCAUCCAGCAGUGCGUGAAGGACGAGCGCAUCACGCCGGAGACCGCGAACAUCGCCGACGCCGCCAAGAAGCGAGAGGCCCUCGAGCGCAUCAGCCAUCUGCACCACAAGGAGGUCACGAACGACGCGAACGGCAUGACUGCGACGCUCACCGGGGCGAAGGCGCUGAAGCACCUGCUCGGCGCCUUGCAGCAGAAGGUGGCGCAGGGCGACAACAUCAGCGCGAACGACACCAUGCCGCUGAAGGUGCUGAACUACGUGUUGGACGAAGACGACCAGAAGCUCAGGCUGAGGAUCACCAAGGAGGCGACGAGGCUGCUUCGGGAGCAGUCGGCGGCUGGAGUGGUGGACGCGGCCACCAUGCAGGUCGCGGAGUCCCUCGGCGUCGUCGACGCCCCGCGGAUGCACCCGAAGGAGAUGCUCAGCGCGGUGCCGGCCGGGCCCAUGUUCGAGGGGAGCGCGAGCUCGACGGGCGCCGAGAGGCGUGCCAAGAUAGCUCGGGUGGCCAGCGUCUUCUUGAAGAAGCAGGAGGGCGCCUGA